AAACGAACACGGAAGAUAAUCAAAUGAGCCAUGAAAUGUCCUCUAUAUUCCGAUAAGAAUUGCCGAAAACUAUAAGAGGAUAGAUCCCGAAGAAUCAUUUUCGUAAACGGAAAAUAUCAUCCUUUCGAAUCGAACUGAAACAAAUUUUUUUAGCAGAAUGAGAGGGUUCAUUGUGUUCCUUUUCUUUGUCCCUUUUUUGUGCGUACAAGCACUAACUGAAGACGAAGUAGAGCGACAGUGGCAAGAAUAUCUGCAACAGUACAAGAAGUCCUACAGAUCCCCAGUCGAGAAAUCUAGACGCUUCUCCAUCUUCAAAUAUCAUCUCGAGGAGAUUGAAAACAACAAUAGGUUAUUCAAUGAAGGUAAGGCAAGUUUCAAGAAAGGAAUCAACGAAUUUUCUGAUUGGACCGAUGAAGAGUUUAAAGAAUAUGUUAGCCAUGGAUUGAUCAGUGAAGGAAAUAUACUCAACCCUCUAAUAGAUGUAACUGGUGAGAUUUAUGAAAGUUGGAAGGAAUUUCAGUCGAAAUAUAAAAAGACCUACAGAUCUCCGGUGGAGACCAAGAAACGUUUUGAGAUUUUCAAGAACAACUAUGUUAAGAUGUUGGAUCACAAUGGUCUUUACGAGCAAGGAUUAGUGAGCGACAGGUUAGGAAUCAACCAAUUUUCAGACUGGACUCAGGAAGAAUUCAAGGACUUCGUAAACAAGGGUUUGAUUCCUUGCGAAGAUGCUGAUAUUCUUCGCAGAUGGGAAGAUUUCAAGCGAAAAUUCAACAAGUCCUACCAAUCAAUCACAGAGACAGAAGAACGCUUCAACAUAUUCAAGAGUAAUGUGCGUAUGAUAGAUGAACACAACAGGCUUUACAAAUUGGGGAAAUUCAGCUAUCUGAUGGGAAUCAAUCAAUUCGCCGAUUGGACGAAUGAAGAAUAUAAAGAAUGGGUUCGAACACACUGAUAGAUGAUUGAAUCGGAUCAACGGGCAAAUGAAUUUUCGAUUUAGAUAUUUUGAU